GGAAGAUAGUACAAAGAUGGAAGAUCCGCCUCUUCCUACAUCUACAUGGGACACUAUCCAAAAUGUCUUUUAUAGGAAAGAAGAGAUUUAUCAAAUGUCUUGGGAUGUUAGGGAUUUAUCGGAUUAUCUGGUGACUGUGGGGAAGAAUGGAGGACCUAUUGCCAUGAUGCGAGAUGAAAGAAAAGUCAUGUUAUUGGGUAAACAUACACCUGGAAGGCCAAAGAUAUAUAUCUACACAUCGUCUGGAUUGCCCAUAACCACUAUCACUUGGGAUCUCCCCCCACCCGUCCUCCUCCACAUCACCCCUUUCCACCUUCUCGUUUUAGCCGACGAUGGGACAUAUCGGCUCUACCCCCUUUCUUUUCCUUCUUGUUUCUCCCAACACACACUCGGAACGGAGGUAUCAGAACUAGGUAUCGUCUCUGCUAAAGCGCACGACGACGGAUUUGUCGUGCUCACUGGCGGUCUGGAGUUUCUAGAAGUCAGAGGUUGGAACGCAGGGAGGGUUGGAGCUUUGGCACCGAGUGAAUUGAGAGAUCCUCCGGGAGCUUGGGGAUUGGUCGAUCCUGAGAGGAGUGGUAGUGGACAUGUAGAGGUUUUAGUAGGGAGUGGAGGGACGGUAAUUAGUUUAGAUGCUUUAGAAAGGAUAGAUCAACGUCUAUCGAGAGGUCCUUUCACACAUAUCGUACCCUCUCCAAACGGCCGGUUCUACGCUUUGACAACGUCCACAAAUACACUCUGGGUAGUCUCUUCCGACUUUUCACGUAGUCUUUCCGAAGUUGAUAUCUCGGAUUUUGCAGCUGGAGCAGGUGUACCAGACCAAGCUGAAUGGUGUGGCGAUAAUGCUGUGGUUCUCAGAUGGGGAGGAAGGGUCGUUGUCGUUGGACCAAAUGGGGAUAGUUUGAAAUACGACAACACCUCUGCUUUUAUCCUCGGAGAAAGUGACGGUCUGCGAAUGAUCACAUCCACCACAUGCGAAUUCAUACAAAAAGUACCCGAUGCUUCACUCGCUGUGUUUAGUCCAGGCUCAUCACAUCCCGCUGCUAUACUAUUCGACGCACUGGAUCAUUUCGAUAAAAAGAGUCCAAAGGCCGAUGAGAGUAUAAGGAGUAUACGACCUGAGUUGUCCACUGCCGUGGAUACUUGUAUAGAAGCUGCGGGAAGGGAAUGGGACGUUCAUUGGCAGAGACGUCUUCUUCGGGCAGCACAAUUCGGACGAGCCUUCAUGGAUUUUUACAAUCCUUCCGAUUUCAUCAACAUGGGACAGACUCUCAAAGUUCUCAACGCUGUUCGAUACUUUGAAAUUGGUAUUCCUAUAACUUACGAGCAAUACACCUCCAUCUCCCCAUCAGCACUGAUCACCCAUCUCCUCUCACGCAAUCUCCAUCUUCUCGCCCUCAGAAUAUCCCAGCAUUUAUCAAUACGACCCGCACCAGUGUUACGACAUUGGGCAGAAGCUAAGAUCUCUCGAGCUCGUCCUGAUCCCAUCGGGCCAGGGUCAGACGACGAAGAGCUCUGCUCGGCCAUAGUUGCCAAAUUCAAAAGAGAAGGUGAACGCAGUGUUUCUUAUGCCGACGUUGCGCGGGUAGCUUGGGAAGCAGGCAGAAUCAGAUUAGCAACUAUGUUGUUGGAUCAUGAACCUAGAGCAGCGGAACAGGUACCUUUAUUGUUACAGAUGAAAGAGGAUAAGAUAGCUUUGAACAAGGCGGUAGAUUCUGGUGACACGGAUUUGGUUUACCAUGUCCUCCUUCAUCUUCGUGCUUCCCUCUCACCUGGGGAUUUCUUUCACAUGCUAGACGAUUCCAUCUCUCCCAAUCUCACACCCGCUGUCAACCUCCUUCAGGUAUAUGCGAGAGAAGGAGACCGUCAGCUUCUUCGAGACUUUUAUUAUCAAGAUGAUCGACGCACGGAGAGUGCGUGUUUGGCAUUGGAAGAGGCCGGAGCGUCUGCGGACGGAGAAGAGAGGAUCGAUAAACUGCGGGUAGCAGCGAAGGCGUUUGGGGAGGAGAAAGAGAGGGCGUUUGAGGCGAAGAUGGCAGACGACGCACAUAGAUUGCUGGCACUUCAAACAGCUUACGAACGUGAAUUAGAUCAUAAAUUUUCUUUUGCAGGUUUGAGCGUGAAUGACUUUAUCUCGGCUUUGUUACUUGCUGGAUUUGGAAAGAGGGCCGAGAGGGUUAGGGCCGAUUGGAAAGUUGGUGAUAAACGAUGGUGGUGGCUCAAACUGAAAUCGUACGCGAAGAACAAAGAUUGGGACGGUCUAGAAGCAUUCGCAAAGUCUAAAAAGAGUCCUAUAGGUUAUGAACCAUUUGUGACGCACCUCCUUUCACUCUCUCCACCCCAACCGACCCAAGCUGCGUCAUUCGUCAAUCGGUGCGACCCGAAAUCCCGUGCAGAUCUAUACGUUCAGUGUGGGGAUUGGACAAGAGCUGCAGAGGCGUGUCAAGCAAGAGGUGAUAGGGCGAAAUUAGAGGAGUUGAGAAGAAGAGCACCGAGUGGGAUCGCUCAAAGGGAAAUGGAUGACGUGUUGCGCAAAAUGACAAAGUGAUGAGACAUGAUUUAUGUUUGUAUUUCACCCGUAAACGAGGUGGGUGAUGUAGAAGUAACGGUUAUCUUUUUUAACUACAAUAUAUGGGGAGAUCCUGACUUCUGUACGGAUGACUAUGAUGCCUAAUCUCAUACGAUGCAUUGUGAAUCCAUGAUCAGC